AUGAAGUCGAAGGAGAGCCGGAAGCUUCGUCAAACGUUGCUGAGCGAGUUCGAGGGGUUGGAUCGCAGCACGCUUCACAUCAUCACCGCUCUGAAGACUACCGUGUACAUCUGCAAGUCGGAGGCGCCAAUCACCUCCUACGUGGGCACCAUCAAGUUCAUGGCCAAGCUCGGAGUCCCGAACCUUCCCUUGGAUUCCAAGGGAAACUACUUUUCGGAGGAGGCGUUGGCCGCGAAGGAUGCCGUUGAGAAGGUGCCGGAGUUCAACAUCAUAGACCAGGCGGUGCGCAACGUGGCGGAGCAGCUAUCUAGGUCGAGCAACUGGCACCGGGGAUUCGAGCACCUUCAGGAGUACAUCUGCGAAACCAAAUUGGAGCUGCAGGGGAUCCACGAUGUGCGGUGGCUCUCUAGAGGGGAGGCAGUCAAGCGGUUCGCCAAGGUUCUGCCGGCCACGAUCGUCCUGCUACACGAUUUCAAGCACGCGCUCUAUGAAGUCGUCACCUCUUUCAAAUUCCACUUCAUGCUUUUCUUCCUUGCUGACAUUCUUGCCGUGCUCAACGAGCUCAACGCCAAGUUCCAGAAGCAGCAGGUGACGUGUGGGGUGUUGAGGUUGUACAUAAUGGCGACGCUGCAGAGCACAAGUUCGAGCUUCACGAGCAGCGACUACAAGACGGGCAGCGACUACUACUCCUGCAAGGCGGUGUGCCAGGAGUUUGCAAGGGCCUGCGUUGCGCGACUCGAGUUCCGCCUGGAAGACCUCAAGGACCUGGCCGGCUCCAAGCUUUUCCGGCCUUCAUGCUAUCCCGACGACAACGCGCAGCGGAUGAAGAAGUGCCGCGAGUGGUUGGGCAUGCUGGACCACAUGUUUCACCACCGCCUCUUUGGUACGCCACCUGGUUGUGCAUGCAAUGUGCUGUCUGCUCUGUGUGUGUGUGUACCUUGGUGUGCUGCUAAACAUCUCCCAUACGCCCCGAUCGCCCCUCUCACUGCUCUCCCAUCCUGUCAGUGCGCUGUUUCCAAGGGAGGUGUUGGCACCGAUAAUCUGACUCAAGGAGAGGGGAGGGGAGUGGCUGACAUGUGCGCUGGUUGA